GUGACCUGGUCGCGUCUCUCAGGAUGACUUAUCGAAACUUCAGGUUGAACGCGUAGCUCGGCAAAAACUCAACGGAGGAGAAUUUUUACUUUCGCUGUUUCGUGGGAACACCCUGUGAUCAUUUCCGCCGUUUGAAGGUAGUGAUUUUUUUUCCGGUGAAGGGAGAAGAGAGCGCUGCUGGCUUCUCAGUCGGCGUGCAACCAAAGCCACUUUGAUGCGACAGUUAAGCUAACAAGCUAACGGGGGGGGGGGGACUGCUCUCUGAAACCAUUCAGCUAGCGUGUUUGCUAGCUAAAUUGGUGACGGGAAUAUACGGAACGACGGCACAUAACAGGAUGAAUGGUGAUCUUGUCCGCCGUCUUCAAAUGAAGAUCUCCUCUACGGUGUUGGGAGUGUUGUCUAUAGGAUGUUAUGGGUUCGCUGGCUUGGUUUGCUAAAUUGCAGGAGAGAGAUUACUGUCCUAGGCAAGAAGUCUACACUCACCUGUCUCCUCAAUAGUUUGAUGUUGGUUGUAGCGCUACACACAGCUAUUAGCUUAUACGUGGCCAGUGUAUUCUAACCAUAUUCACUGAAAAGCUGAAGCUGAGAUCCCGCAGCAGAGUAAAGGUAAACAGAAAAGUAGGAUGUCACGUUUGAAGCCCUAACUUGAACGAUUGGAUCACUCUGUGUAAAAAAAGAACCCAACAACUUUAGCCGGCUAAUCGUUUCAACUAUUGACGAGGAGAGAGGUAGAUGGUCAAUUUUAAAUCGCCCACAUGCACUGGAUCAGUCGUCGGACUUGUGAACGGCAUCAGAAGCAGACGGUGGGAGACGUGAGCGCAGAGCCCUUGCAGCCCGGGGGAAGAUGGCGGAGCGUCCCCACUGGAGGUGGUGAAAGAGAAGCUUGUCAACUUACUGGAUUUAUCGCUUGGCAACUUGACCCCGACCGCAGGACACAUGCAGGCCAAAAAACGCUACUUAAUUCUCUUCUCUGCCUGUGCGUCUCUCGUUUUGCUAUUCUGCUUCGGGGGGAUCCAAGUCCCGCUGUCCAGACGGGGUCCCAGCCGGCGUGACAACCGCAGCUUCAACGGUUACCGGUCGGCCCCGCAGUGGCAUCCGUUCUCAGGGGCCCUGCCGCCGUUCAGCCCCGGGGACCAGCCGGACAGCGACGAUGACAGCGGCCAUAUGUCGCCGCGCCAGAAAAGGGACGCCGUCUCCGGCGUUUACGCGGGGAAACGCUGCAGGAUUGACUCCUGCUUUGACUUCUCCCCGUGUAAAAGCAACGGAUUCAAAGUUUACGUCUACCCGCAGCAGAAGGGGGAGAAGAUGUCGGAGAGUUAUCUGAACAUCUUGUCCUCCAUCGAGGGCUCCAGGUUCUACACCUCUGAUCCAGGUCAGGCAUGUCUGUUUGUCCUGAGUUUGGACACGCUGGACAGGGACCAGCUCUCGCCUCAGUAUGUCCACAACUUGAAAGCCAAAAUCCAGAACCUCCCCCUCUGGAAUGGGGGAAAGAACCACAUCAUCUUCAACUUGUACUCUGGAACAUGGCCAGACUACACAGAAGACCUGGGCUUCGACAUUGGCUUUGCCAUGUUGGCCAAAGCAAGCAUCAGCACAGAGAACUUUCGGCCCAACUUUGACGUCUCCAUACCCCUUUUCUCCAAAGACCAUCCAAUGACAGGCGGGGAGAGGGGCUAUCUUAAACAUAACUCCAUUCCCCCUUAUAGGAAGUAUAUGCUUGUCUUCAAGGGAAAAAGAUACUUAACUGGAAUAGGUUCCGACACUCGGAACGCCUUAUAUCAUGUCCAUAACUCUGAGGAUGUGGUCCUCCUCACCACCUGUAAGCAUGGGAAAGACUGGCAGAAGCAUAAGGAUGCACGUUGUGAUAAGGACAAUGCAGAGUAUGACAAGUAUGACUACAGAGAAAUGCUCUACAACUCCACGUUCUGUCUGGUGCCUCGAGGACGACGGUUAGGUUCCUUCCGCUUCCUGGAGGCCCUGCAGGCAGCAUGUGUGCCAGUGAUGCUGAGCAAUGGCUGGGAGUUGCCCUUUUCAGAAAUCAUUGACUGGAAUACGGCGGCUGUGAUUGGAGAUGAAAGACUGUUGUUGCAGAUCCCCUCCACAGUGCGCUCCAUCCACCAGGAUAAGAUCCUGUCACUCAGACAGCAGACUCAGUUCCUAUGGGAGGCCUAUUUCAGCUCUGUAGAAAGGAUAGUGCUCACCACACUGGAGAUCAUCCAGGAUCGCAUAAUGCAACAUACCUCAAGGAGCACCCUGAUGUGGAACAGUCUGCCGGGAGGCCUCUUCACCUUGCCUCAGUACUCAACAUACCUGGGAGACUUCCCCUUCUAUUACGCCGAGCUUGGUAUUAAACCGUACCCCAAGUUCACAGCAGUCAUCAAUGUGGUGACACCACUGGUCUCUCAGUCCCAGCCGGUCAUCAAGCUGCUUGUAGCAGUGGCCAGAUCCCAGUACUGUGCUCAGGUGAUAGUCCUGUGGAACUGUGAUAAGCCUCUCCCUGCUAAGCACCGCUGGCCUGCCACCUCAGUCCCUGUCAUUGUUAUAGAAGGGGAGAGCAAGGUGAUGAGCAGUCGCUUUCUUCCCUAUGACACGAUCUCCACUGACGCUGUACUGAGUCUGGAUGAAGAUACAGUGCUCUCCACCACAGAGGUGGACUUUGCUUUUACAGUGUGGCAGAGUUUUCCAGAUCGUAUCGUUGGAUACCCAGCACGUAGCCACUUCUGGGACAGCAACAAGGAACGCUGGGGCUAUACCUCCAAAUGGACAAAUGACUACUCCAUGGUACUGACUGGAGCUGCCAUUUACCACAGAUACUACCACUACUUGUACACCACCUAUCUUCCAGCCAGUGUGAAGAAUAUGGUGGACCAGAUGUCAAACUGUGAGGACAUCUUGAUGAACUUCUUAGUUUCAGCCGUCACCAAGCUCCCACCCAUCAAGAUCACCCAGAAGAAACAAUACAAGGAGACCAUGAUGGGGCAGACUUCGCGGGCAUCUCGUUGGGCUGACCCGGACCACUUCACCCAGCGUCAGACCUGCAUGAACAAGUUUGCCAGCUGGUUUGGCAGCAUGCCCCUGGUGCACUCCCAGAUGAGGCUAGACCCAGUCCUCUUCAAGGACCAGGUGUCCAUACUGCGCAAGAAGUACAGGGACAUCGAGAGGCUAUAACGUCCCUGAGCCCCCCCGCUUUUCUGCACACAGCAGACCCGAAGCGAGGGGGCGGACACCUAGAGAUACACAAACCCCUUUCAAUGAAUGGAAAGACAGUUGGACGGAGAAGCGAACAAAACAGGGUGGUAAAGGAGGAGGGCAAGAUGAACUAGAGCGGAUGACAGUUGGAGGACUCAGGGACACCACAUCUGCCCUGCCAUGUCCUCCAUCCAUCCUCCCUCUCUCCCUUACUGCCUUUCAACUCUGUGCAUUGGGGAAGCUGUUUAGAUCAAACUCUUGUGUUGUCAGCAAGGCUGUAUUUGGCUGCUGCGAACACACAAGUCUCACUGUGUGCACAAUGACUGACGUUCACUGACAAGAGACCUGAGGACAGCAGACUGUUAUACUUGAGAUGGUAUAAUUUAUGGAGUUUGACUGAGGGGCUUGCUGCUUCACUAUGUCUACAGCCUAACAUUGGGCAAACCACUCUCAACUCACAGCUGUUGAAAAAGAUUUUGUCUGUUCUGUUUUCGCGCACUAUGCACAGGUUCAACAGACAUUUUGCUACCAGAAUAAUAUUGGUAAACAUGACAAUGAAGAAGAUGAACCUAUUUUGGAUGUGUUUAGCUAUUUUUUUAUACAAUGAAUGAAUGGCCAGCACUAAUCUCGCUGCACUGUCUUAAUAAAAACCAAUGGUAAGGUGGAUGAAAAAAGAAAUGACAACCCUUCAACCACAGAACCGAGUUAUGAUUUGUAAUGAGACAAUAUGAUGUUCACAGUGCCUCAAGUUUAUCUACAGUUGUUGGGAUCUGGGAGUCCUGAAACUUACUUGGUGUGAUUGAGCACCUUGAUCUUGCUGCUUGUCAUUGUUUCUCGUUGUUUUUUGGGGGGGGGGGUUCUCCUCUUCCCAUGAUUUGCCAUUUUCUUUAUAACGGAUGAAAUGUUGGAUUUUAAAGCAAUUCUCGAAGAUCAGCAAUACCAUCCUCUGCACCCUAAACCCCUGCAUGCAUGCAUUCACAUCCCACUACCUACCCCUAUCUUGACUGAAAGUCUGAAAGUACAUAAAAGGAACAAAGUUGAUCACAUUAACUGUUAUUAUCUGCCAUUCUUAACAAAAGAGUCCAGAAUCCUCCACGAUAAGCAAAGCUGAUAUCCACAACUGUCAGGUCCCCUUUUUGAAGCACUAGCACAUGUCAAGACUUUAGCAUUGUCUUCAUGUCCCCAUCAUAUCUGGAUUUUUAUUCUGUAUGUUUCUUGUUUGUCAUGGGAAGGGAUGACUAGCUCGAUCUGUUGCUUGAUUGUGAACUUGAAGGGAUCUUAUGAGUUGCUUUGACUGAUGGAGAAAGUUUGGCUGUCUCGGAGCCACCAGUGGUUUAACUUUAAACACUAAUGUAUUACCUUGGUUAGUUUCCCGUCUAUAUGUUUCAUUCUAAUUCUAAUGUUUGAACUUCGUCCUGCCUUGGUUUUCACAUCAUCGAGUUUUUUAAAGGUUAAAACUUUAAAAAAGAAAAAGUAAUUCGAUUCAACUGGAAUGCAAUCAAAUCAUCUUGCUUUUUUUUUUUGACGUUUUCUCAACUAACUACCAAUCAAAUAUCUAUCUAAACAAAUUUCCCCUAGUGGGACAGUAAAGGUAAUGUUGAACCUUGAGCCAGAAAGAUAUUUCUGUAGGAAUCUUAACACAACCUCUCUGGUAUAUCUGUGGUAUCUUUGACUUGUAUCAGCGAGCGCUAAAUGAAUUUAUGUUGGUUAGCGUUACUUCCCAUGUACCUUCCUCCCCAAGUUGUGUCAAUGGAUGAUAAACAGGUUUGUUGAUUUUAUUUUCAUCCCUACUAUGUGAAAUGCUAUGCAUUCCCUUUAUACCUGCUUCGUUGUAAAAUGCAUAAUCUUUCCCAUCUGUUUUGCUGAGUGGAGGGAGGGGAAGGAGCGCGUGUCUUUAGGAGUGUACUCACCAGACGCUGAGAUUGUCUGGCAAUAGUGAAGAGAAAGGAAGUCCGUGGUGGUUUCAUACAAAUACGAGUGAUGGACCAGAAAACAAACACUAAGCAUUAUUAACAGCACAUGACUAUCAAGACAGCCGAGUUUGGCCACAAAAAAAAAACAGAAUCAUGCUUUGAAAAUGAUCCUAGUGCAAUAUCUAAGAGAUCACAUUUUCUCUUAUCUUUUUCCUCUCCUCCCCUGCUGUUAUUUCUUUUAUUUCUUUGUUUUUUUGGUAAAGUAUCGAUGUGCCUUCAGAAGAAAGACACCGUUUUUGUUUCCUCCAUCUGCCUUGAGCAAAGGUUGUUGGUUGUUAAUAAGUUUUUGGUUUCGUUGGCAAUGUCCGGUGACACACAGUAACACCUCCCAGGCUGACAAGUAAUACUGGAAUGCUGCUUCCAUGUAUCUGCACACAUCUCUGACUGACAUUCCUACCUUUUCUACUGUAAACUGAAAUGACGUUUGGAGCCCGGCGAGGCUCCUGUACACAAGAACGCACCCAAAUUCAUAUGUUGCUAUGCUAAAUGAGGACAGACCAAAAACCUGUUGUGUCAAAGUAACAAAACUCUGGUCAUAACGAGCCGAGUGAUGCAGUUAAACACAAGUAUGACAUCAGCUUCACACACAGUAUUUAUCAGACGGAUAUGUUUUGACUUCAUUUCUGCCUGCUCUGUUCACUCUCCACUGUAACUACAGACAUGAUUUUUUAAAGACAAAGACAGUGAAAGAGGAAACAAACACCAUUUUGUAAAACAGUUUUAUAAAAAAGAGAAAUGUAAUAAAAUGUAAUAAAA